AUGGCGGAGAGGGUUGAACAGCGCAUUGAGGAUCGGAUCCCUGAGCUAGAGCAGCUGGAGAGGGUCGGAUUAUUCACUCACAAGGAGAUCAAGACAGUUAUUAAGAAGACCUCGGCUCUAGAAUAUAAAAUACAGCGGAGAGCGCUUCAUAAGGAGGAUUUUAUCAGUUAUAUUCAGUAUGAAAUCAAUCUGUUGGAAUUGAUUAAGAAAAGAAGAGCUCGCAUUGGCUACUCGUUUAAGAAAGAGGAGAUUGAGUACUCUAUUGUGCAGCGGAUACAUGGCGUCUUCAAACGUGCCACAACAAAAUGGAAGGAUGACAUUCAACUGUGGCUGUCUCAUGUUGCAUUUUGCAAGAAAUGGAACAGGAAAAUACAGCUGAGCAAGGUGUUUUCUUCCCUGUUGGCCCUUCAUUCAAAUAAACCAGCUCUGUGGAUUAUGGCUGCAAAAUGGGAAAUGGAGAACCGCCUGUCAUCUGAAAAUGCCCGGCAGUUGUUUUUGCGUGCAUUGCGCUUCCACCCAGAGUGUCCCAAACUUUAUCAAGAGUAUUUUAGAAUGGAGCUGAUGCAUGCUGAAAAGCAGAGGAAAGAAAAGAAAGUGUUUGAGCAAGCAAAAAUGGACUUGGGUGAGUUCAGUUAUUCUGAUGACAUACUUAAUGGCGAACUGGCUCGAAUAGUCUGGAGAGAGGCCAUCCAGAAAAUCAAAGGUGCGGAGUUUCAGUUGACGCUGCUCUCUAUUGCAAAACUGUUUGAUUUUACACAGGACUUCCAAAAAGAAAUUUUGGACAAAUUGCAGGCAGAGCACGCUAACGAUCCUUUUGUGUGGGAUUACAUGGCACGGCGGGAGCUGGAGAUGGACUCCCUGCCGUCAAAAGAACACCCGUCUAAACAGUUAAAGGCACUUGAGGUGGCCCACAAAGAAGAACGGUGCUGUAGAGUGUUUGAGGAGGCCGUGACGUCCCUUCCCACAGAGGACAUGUGGAAAUGUUACAUCACUUUUUGCUUGGAGAGAUUAAACCGGAAGACCAAUUGCGAAGAGUUAAGGCAGAAGAGGCUGGAAAGGACAUUAGGCACCUUCAAUCAAGCUCACGAGUCACAGUUGCUACCAGCUUCAUUGUAUAAACAAUGGCUUCAGGUCUUACUGGAGCUUGACCUCCAAGAGAAGGCCGAAGAGGUGGCAGCGGCAGCCACCAAGCAAUUCAGCCACUUGGUAGAAAUGUGGGAAAUGAGACUGCAGCUGCUAAUCAAGCAGAGCAGUGAUGGUCUGGCCUCUUGUUUCCAGGAAGCCUUUCGGGCAGUUAAAGAUAAGGACAGCUUGCCAUUAUGGAUUUUAUGGGUUGAAUGGAGUGAGACAGUGAAUAGCAAGGCUGAAACUGAAGCUCUGUAUCAGAAAUCCUUACUUGCCACAGUCCCAGCUGACUCUGUAAUGAUGAAACAAAAGUACCUUGAAUGGGCUUAUAGGACAGGUGGCUAUAAGAAAGCCAGAAAAGUCUUUACCAGCUUGCAUGAAAGCCGGCCAUUUUCACUUGAGUUCUUCAAGAAGAUGAUUGAGAUAGAAAAGGAGCAAGAAUCUUGUAAAAUGGUCAAUAUCCGAGAAUAUUAUGAACGUGCCUUGCGAGAGUUUGGUGCCACAGAACCUGAUCUGUGGUUGGCCUACAUCAGAGAAGAGCUGAGUUCCCAAGGCAAACCUGAGAACUGUGGCACUAUUUACUGGAGAGCUAUGAAAAUGUUGCAAGGAGAACAAGUGGAAAAUUUUAUUUCAAAGUACACAUUGCUGCAAACUGGACAUCUGUGAAAAAUGUAGUUGCAUCUGUGUCUUGGAGGACAAGCAUUGAAGGACUAAAUUAUUCUAUAUUUCAUACUCCCCACCCACCCCCAAGCAAAAAUAUCUGUUUCUGGUCUUGUAGAUUUAUGUGCAUUGGUGAUUUUUCAUUGGAUCAACACUUAUAUUCAACAUGGCGUACUGAAUAUCCAGUGGCUUGAAUGCAGCAACCUAAUGACAUUGGCAGGGUGUAUGUGGAAGAAAAUUAUUUCAUCUUGGCAUAGAACUGUAUGGCGUUCAGCCCUAUACAUCGAGGGAUGCAAAAAAGUUGGUACACUUGACUGUACCAACCAUUUUGAGAAGAGUGCCAAAUGUCUCAUGGCCAGAUCUCAGUUCAGAGGGCAUGGGAACACAUCUGGAAACAAAUACUUCUUCAGCUGUCAUGAGUGUUAGGCUGUACAGGGCCUUACAAGCUAAAAACAGCACGGUUAAUCUAGUCCGUGAACUAAUGGGCAAUCAUUUAAAUAGUCUGAAAACAAGCAUAAUGUGCUACCUGUGGUCAACCUUGUGCCUCAGGCUGACUGUUGUGUUUUGAAUCGAUGGAAGUUGCCCAUCAGUCUCCAGGGGAACCCCAUAGAAAGUGCAUUUUAAUAAUCAAGCUGAGGUUGCAGGGGCAAAUGGGGGCAAGUGUGUAUUUCUAGGACAGGAUUCAGCUGGUACAUCAGCUGAAGCUGGAGAAAAGCUGCUACCUAUGAAUCCAGGACUAGGAAGCUGUUCCUUUGGUGGGGAUGAUAACUCUAUUCAGAA